AUGGUCACAGCAGGAAACCCUUGGGGCUGGUUCCUGGGGUACCUCCUCCUUGGGGUCACAGGGUCCCUCGCCUGGAGUGGCGGCAGCCACAUCAUAAACGGCGAGGACUGCAUCCCUCACUCGCAGCCCUGGCAGGCGGCACUGUUCAAGGAAGAUGAGUUUUUCUGCUCGGGAGUCCUCGUGCAUCCCCAGUGGGUGCUGUCAGCCGCGCACUGUUUACAGAACUCCUACACCGUGGGUCUGGGUCUGCACAGUCUUGAGGCCAACCAAGAACCAGGCAGCCGAAUGAUGGAGGUCCUCCUCUCCAUCCAGCACCCCCAGUACAACAAUCCCUUCUUCGCCAACGACCUCAUGCUCAUAAAGUUGAAGGAAUCCGUGCCUGAGUCGGACACCAUUCGGAAGAUCAGCAUCACCUCCCAAUGCCCAACACCUGGGGAUUCCUGCCUUGUCUCUGGCUGGGGUCUGCUGGAGAAUGGCAGGCUGCCCACGCUGCUCCAGUGCACGAACGUCUCGGUGGUGUCCGAGAAGGUCUGCAGUGAGAUCUACACCUCCCUGUACCACCACAGCAUGUUCUGCGCUGGCGGGGGACAGGACCGGAGGGACUCCUGCAACGGUGACUCUGGGGGCCCCCUGGUCUGCAACAGGUCCCUGCAGGGCCUCGUGUCUUUGGGACAAGCCAAGUGUGGCCAGCCUGGCAUGCCAAGUGUCUACACCAACCUCUGCAAGUUCACUGACUGGAUACAGAAAACCAUCCAGGCAAUUUAG